AAAUUAAAAUAAAAAGUGAAAAUAGUUGACGGUUGGAAACACAGAGAGAAAGAGGUUCUGUGCUUUGGCUUUGCUUAUCCUCUGAGAGUGAGAGGAAACAGAGCAUAGCAAAGUAAGAGUCUCCACUCAAGACGACGUCGUCUUCUGCUCUUCAAACAUUCCACUCUCAGAUGUUGUAACGCUUUAGCAUCACCAAUGGCUAUGAGUGCUUUCAUUUCCAAUCGCAACUUCGCUUCAUUCGUUGCCUCAGGAAAUGUAUACAGAUCAGGAAAGGAUAUAUCUGUUCAAAGAGGGGGGAUUUCUAUUUCUGGUGUAUCUGGUGCAAAGGAUCCUUUCUCAAGAUGCCAGCAUAUGAUGUAUUUCCCUUUGGAAGGGAGAGUUUCAAAACCAAUGCCAAUGUCUCACAACAAAGGAGAGCAUUGUUCUCUUGCAUCCUGGCAGUCCAGUCAAUGCUUGAAUUUUAAACUAAAGGCCAGCAGUCAAUGUUCUGUCCUUUCUUCAGCUUCUUAUAGAAGUAACUAUGUUGAACAAGGGGAGGUCUAUAGACUAGGUUUGAGCAAAAGAAAGCACCCACAAACUGAGGUUGGUAAUGCUAAUAAGUUUCGUGUUUGUUACAAGUCUGAGGAGUAUGACAUUGCAGAAGCAAAGAUGGAAUCGCUGCAAUCAACUGAAGGGACUGGUGAAGCCAUUCUUCUGGAAGGAAAUCUACAACAAGUAUCCCCUUGGUGGCAGCAGUUUCCUAAGCGCUGGGUUAUUGUACUGCUGUGUUUUACAGCAUUUCUGUUGUGUAACAUGGAUCGUGUAAAUAUGAGCAUAGCAAUACUUCCAAUGUCACAAGAAUUCAACUGGAACAGUGCAACAGUUGGUGUGAUUCAAUCAUCUUUUUUCUGGGGUUAUCUCCUUACUCAGAUUGUUGGAGGCAUAUGGGCAGACAAACUUGGUGGUAAGCUAGUACUAGGUUUUGGAGUUGUCUGGUGGUCAAUUGCAACAGUUUUAACACCUAUUGCUGCAAGACUUGGAUUGCCAUGUCUGCUUAUUAUGCGUGCCUUUAUGGGGAUUGGCGAGGGUGUUGCAAUGCCUGCCAUGAAUAAUAUGCUUUCCAAGUGGAUUCCAGUAUCAGAGAGAAGUAGAUCACUUGCGCUUGUAUACAGUGGCAUGUACCUUGGUUCUGUCACAGGCUUGGCAUUCUCACCUGUGCUAAUCCAAAAAUUUGGGUGGCCAUCGGUGUUCUACACAUUUGGAUCCCUUGGAAGUAUUUGGUUUGCUUUGUGGUUGCGUAAGGCAUACAGCUCACCAAAAGAAGACCCAGAUCUUCAGGCGGAAGAGAAGAAGCUCAUACUUGGAGGCAGCGUAUCAAAAGAACCCGUGUCAGUUAUUCCUUGGAAAUUAAUUUUAUCAAAAGCACCUGUCUGGGCUUUAAUAAUUUCUCACUUCUGCCACAAUUGGGGGACCUUCAUUCUAUUAACCUGGAUGCCAACAUACUACAAUCAGGUUCUGAAGUUCAACCUCACUGAAUCUGGGCUCUUUUGUGUCCUGCCAUGGUUAACCAUGGCUGUGUUUGCAAAUAUAGGAGGCUGGAUUGCUGACACACUUGUGAGCAAAGGCCUUUCCAUAACAUCUGUUCGAAAGAUUAUGCAAUCAAUUGGGUUUCUGGGUCCUGCAUUUUUUCUUACACAGCUAAGCCAUGUCAGAACACCCGCCAUGGCAGUACUGUGCAUGGCUUGCAGUCAGGGAUCUGAUGCAUUCUCGCAAUCUGGUCUAUAUUCCAAUCACCAAGACAUUGGACCACGCUAUGCUGGAGUGUUGUUGGGACUAUCAAAUACCGCUGGAGUGCUUGCUGGUGUCUUUGGUACUGCUGCAACUGGAUACAUACUCCAACGAGGUUCUUGGGAUGAUGUAUUUAAGGUUGCUGUUGCAUUGUACAUAAUAGGCACCUUGGUGUGGAAUGUCUUUUCAACUGGAGAGAGAGUUCUUGACUGAAGAAUUUGAUGAUGUCAAGGAAGGUGUAGGCUAUAUAAGCCGUAGAGAUUAAAAGAGAAAAAGAUGGAACAAAAAUCAAUGACCAAAUACGUCAGGCACUUGGAAGCGUAAAAGCCUCCUGCAGAAAUCGAAGAGGCACAAUCAAAGUUUUAAAUCAAAUAGCUUGACCUUUAUAUUUCUACGAAAAUUUUGGAUUAAAUUGGCACCUUUUGCAAAUGCCUUUUCCCACGAUCUAAAUGCUAUCUGUAUAGAUACUUGGUGGGUAAUAUCCACUUAUAUGACUUAAGCAUACUUAUGCUUAAAAUACAUGUUAGCAUACUUAUGCUUAAAAUAUAUGUUAUGUGACUGACUAUGCCUCAUCAUACUUGGCUGAAAAAGUUGGUCACACAGUAUUCUUUCUGAUUCAAUGUGGAACUACAUCUACUUUUACUGUUGGU